CGUAACCUCAUCAUUUUUCAACUCUGACCUGUUGGUUGGCAUCUUUCAAUUUCAAACACUGAUAAGAAAGAAGCCAUUUUGGAGAAGAUUUCAUUCUGUUUAUAACAAACAUUUCUAAGAGAAAGUCUAGAAGCUGCAGAGGUGAGUGGCUGCUCCAGGACAAAACUGUUAUAUUUUAACCAGGAAGCCACCACUGAGCAAAGCGAAAUGAUUCGGGAGGCAGAUGGGAAUGUUAAGUGUGCCCAAUUUGUUCUGAAGCCCCAGAAGCCCAUUCAGCCUUACAUCUGCUGGACUCUGAAUGAUUGUCAGAAGGAGAGAGACUUUUUGGACAGCAACAUCUUCCCUCAGCUGAACACAGUCUGCAGUUCCCGGGGCACCUACUUCAGAGCUGUGGACCUGCGGUGGCCGGGCUUGAAGACCCACGUGCCCUUCCUCUCCAGCCGCUUUCGACAACAUGCUUGUCUCCACUCCCAGCACCUGAAACUCUGUCUUGACUAUGUGAACAGCUGCUUUCCUUUUUUCAUCUGUGUGCUGGGCCACACGUACGGGGACUUUUGUGCCGACUACUCGCCCAUCACCUUCUCCAAAGCAACUGACUUGUCAAGUUUAUCCAUCAUAGAACAGAAUCUCUAUGUGGCUGCUACCAAUGGCUAUCCUUGGGUGCUGGAGAAUCCAAGCUGCAGCCUGGUGGAGUUUGAGAUUAUCCAGGCAGCCUUUCUGAACGAGUCUCAGUUUCAGUACUUUUACUUCAGAGCCGGAGCCACACUGCCGAAGACUUUGGACAACAAGGAGGCGCGUCUUCCCUCAGGCUCCCUGACAAGUGAUGAGGAGAAAGUAAAGAUUGAAAAGCUGAAGACCAGGAUUAUGAGCAAAGGGCUCCCAGUCAGGUUUUAUAAAGAUCUCAGUGAGUUGGGUGAGCUGGUUUUCAAGGACUGGAUGGGUGUGAUAGAAAAACUUUACCCAACCUCUCUGAUGACUGAACAUAUAGACUACAAGCACAACUUUGAUCGUUUCUACCAUGAAGAGUUUAUUGAGAAUUGCAAGCAAGUGUUUGUUGUUUCUAAGGAGUCGAACAGGAUCUUUGACAUUUUGGAAAGAUUUGCCUUAAAGGAUGUGGACUUCGAUUUUAACAGAGCAGCUUCAGGUUCCAGUUUAGAGUCUGUUCCUUUAUUUUUCAGAGUAAAUUCCCUUCCGGCCUUCAAGUCCAUUUUGCUCUUGUCUGGAGACCGUGGUUGUGGGAAGUCCACUCUGCUUGCCAGCUGGGUGAAUGACUUCAAGAAGAAACACCCGGGUAUGCUGCUGAUCCCUCACUUUGUGGGAAGCACCUGCGAGAGCUGUGACAUCAUGUCCGUGAUACAUUACUUCAUCACAGAAUUACAGCAUGCGCACUAUGGUACUCAGCUUGAACCAGAUAUUCUUAAUGAAGACCCAAACGUCUUGGUCUUUUCACUGCUUGUAGAAGUGUUCAUUGCUUCCAUCAGCUUAAAGCCAUGUAUUCUCGUGCUAGAUGGAAUCGAAGAAUUGGUUGGCAUUUACGGGGUUUCAGGACAGAAGGCAAAAGACUUUUCGUGGCUGCCCCCCUCAAUCACGCCUCACUGCAGACUUAUCAUGAGCACCGUCUCCUGCAGCCUGUCCCACAAGGCACUGUGCUCCCGAUCAGAUGUGAAGACACUGGAGCUCGUUAACGCGGGAGACAGCGAAGCAAGACUCACCAUCUUUCGACAGCACUUCUCCCUCCCCCAAGACAGAAACCUCUUUGAACAGAUCAGACAAAUUCUGAAGAAGAAACCCAACAUGAGUCCUUUAAAACUUACAAUCCUAGCAAACGAAUUGAAAGAAUGUAGAAUCUACCGAGAUGAGUGUCAGUGUCUGAAAGAGUACCUGGAGGUGAUCUCGCUUCAGGAGCUGUGGAAAUUGAUUCUGAAACGCUGGACUGAAGAUUAUAGUUGGACUUUUAAAGAAAUGAGGGCAGAUUCAGACACUGUGGCUUCAGGAGAAGGGCUGACCGGCUGGGUGGCCGACGCACUCUGCUUAUUGAGCAUCUCGCAUGGUGGGUUGACCGAGGCCGAGGUACUCCAGCUUCUGGACAUGCUGGGCUACAGGAAUCAGCACAAGGUGACGAGGCUGCACUGGGCCGCCUUCCGCAACGCCACCAGGCAGUGGGUCCUGGAGAAGCCCAGCGGCCUCCUGUACUUCCGGCACCAGUCCCUGAGAAGCGCCGUGGAGCACAUACUGCUGGGUGUGAUCAUGCCUGUGAGAGAGAGCAGCCCGUACUCUUUUCAGAACCCCACAAAUCACAAGAAGACACACCUGCACAGAGCCUUGGCCAGACACUUCCAGCAGCACCCUGCGUUCUGGAGGGUGUACCAGGAGCUGCCGUGGCACCUGAAGAUGAGCAGCUGCUGGGAGGACCUGAGCAGCUUCCUGUCAAGUCCCAGCAUCACAGACCUUCUGUCAAAGAUCCGAAGCCCAAGCUUCUGGACAAGGUUGCACCUCGUCCACUACUGGAAUGUGUUAUCAGACGCUGGGUAUGAUGCCACUGGGGCCUAUUUACUCACUGUGGUCAAGAUCAAGGCAGACAGAUGUCAUCGGACGAAGAAGAAAGGCACCUUGUCAGUGCUGGAAUGUAGGCCCUUUGAGGUUACUCCCAUUGAUAAAUGCCGAUUAAUGUUCUUUAUUGGAAGAUUUUUGAAGCUCAUGGGCAAGAUCAAAGAAGCAGAAGAAUUAUUCUUGAAUGUUGAGGACAUGUUAGUGAAGAGUCAGUCCACGGCGGAAAUGCUCGUCAAGGUGCAGAAUGCUGUCGGGGAACUCUACCUGGAGUUAGGGUUGGCCCAGGAAGGGUUCCAGUAUUUCCAGAAAGCGUGGUUGAAGCUGAUGGAAUUUUCGUCAAACUGCUUGAUGGACAACCAGGACUUGGUGAAGCAAAAAGGCAAAGUGCUGCAUAACCUGGCCAGGUCAGCCUCUGAAGAGUACUUGAAAGAAAACAUUCUGGAGUAUGUUGCCGAUAUUGCCAGCUUGUUGGACAACAGCCCCGGCAGCCAGGCUGACAUGAAAUACACCGAAGGUGUCCUGAUGUUAGCGACUGGAAACAAUUGUCUUGCAAUGACAAAAUUUCAAGAGUGCUUAAAUAUCAGGAAAAGUUUGUUUGGUGAGAAAAACAUGCUAGUUGGAGAAGUUAUGGAAGUUUUAGCGGACUUACUAUUUUUUCCACUAAGAGAUUAUCAAAAAUUCCUAAGGAAGAAAGCAAUCGAAUACUAUAAGCAAGUGAUAGAUAUAAAGGAAAAUGCACGCACGCUCGCCAGCUCUUUGCUCGUCAAGAAGCAGCUGGGCAUCAGCCUAAGCGACACCUUGUGUAAAUUAGCAGGUCAGUUAUUGAUCGUUGACUCGGGCCAUCCUGCCAUGACGGAGGCCGUACGCUACUUGUACAGAUCACUUGAUCUGAGGGCGACCCACCUGGGAUCUGCUCAUUCAUCCAUCCACGGAAUCCUGCAUCUUCUGAGGGAAAUCGAGCGGAUCCGAGACAGGAGAUGUUGGCCUCAAGGCCUGAGCCAGCACAACUCUGAGAGGCCUGGGGGUGGCACUUCUCUGUGGGAGUACUUGCUGAAACUGAGCUAUCAUAGUGCCCGCGGUUCGCUUCCAGUCAGUUCUGUCCGGGUCCUGAAUGCAAACGUUCGGGAUAAAAGCACAGUCGUGACAUCUCCCACAGUUUCAGAUAAACCCUCCCAUACUGUUUCAGAGAAAUCAAAAUGCACUUCUGGAAAAGGGAAAAAAGGCUUGAGGCCCUUGGUUUCCCUUCCUGAUGAGGAAAAGACCCAACGGAAGAUGCAAAAUAAUGUUGAACUAUGGAAAGGCUCAGAAAAGGAAGCAUCAAAGAAAAAGAAAAAUUAUCCCUCUAAGACUUUAUCAUUGGGUAAAAUGAAUGGCGUGAAGCUUUUACCACAAAAAAUUUUGUCAGAUAACAGUGAGAAUGGAAAAGGCCAAAUUUCUACAAUUUACCAGCAACACUUGCUGGGUGCUGUUAGCACAGAUAAGCCCUGGGAAUCCCUAUCUGAUCUCAUAUCAGAAAAGUGGCUUUUUCAUACUUCAGACUACAGUUUGGUUUUACAGAAGUGUUUUUUGCCAAGAAGAUCUCUGUUGGAAGCAAAAUUGUUGAAGAUAUCAAAUGAUUCUAAUAAAGAAUAA